GCCGCAAGCAAGAAAAUUAUCGGGUUUGUAGACAAUAGCUCCUUAGACAUAAACAGGGGCAAAACUAUGAGUCACAAGAAAGACUUCACACAAUUCCCUUGUGGAGCAAAACGUUAUUCUACAAAACGCCAAAAUGCGUUUGUCUUUUCGAGCUUGUUUUAUCGCAAUCUCGAUUAUACUGGGCGUGAAUGCUGACAAAUCUCCCCCAUCUUGCCCCAAACCAUACGACAAGAUGACGGCCUGUAACCUGAUUUGUAACAUGAUUCACGAUUCGGACGCCAACAAUGCCAUGAAAAUGCUGCAAACAAAACUGGAAAGCCUUACUUCAGUGAUCAAGAAACCUUCUUCACAUCCAGCUGUUCCCGCUUCUUCAUGUAAGCAACAGUAUGAAAAAUACAAGUGGACAAAAAGUCAAGUGCUUCCACUGAAGUUUGGUUCACAAGAGAUUCCUGUUUACUGUCACAUGGGAGACUUUGGAUGUGGAGAUGGAGGAUGGACGCUGGCCAUGAAAAUUGAUGGCGCAAAGAAAACAUUCCACUAUGAUUCUCAGUUUUGGAGCAACCGAAAUGCUUAUAAUCUUCCAGGAGGCAAGACUGGCUUUGACCUACAAGAGACCAAGUUACCGACCUACUGGAAUACACCCUUCUCUAAGAUCUGUCUUGGUAUGAAGAUCAGCCAACAGAUCAAGUUCAUCACCAUGACCAAGCAGGCGAACUCUCUGUACUCACUGAUUGCUGAUGGGAAAUACCGCAAAACCUCACUGGGUCGUAGCACAUGGAAGUCUCUGAUUGGCUCCUCAGCCUCAUUGCAGACUGAGUGUAAUAACGAAGGGUUUAAUAAUGUUGGAGGUUCUAAAUCUUAUGCUAGAGCAAGAAUCGGCAUCCUUGGAAAUGACCAGAGAAAUUGCAACACUUGUGAUUCCAAAAUUGGUUUUGGAACAGGAGGGGCGACAGAUGACUCCAACACAUGCGGAAACAAUGCUAUUAAGGGUUAUACUGCAGAUAAUGGUCCCAAAAACAUUAAAGCCAUGGGAUACAUCUUAGUUCAGUAGAGGAACUAGCUUGUUCCUUG